UCUACUGGCCUGUCCGAGGGGGUUUGGGUCGCUGGAGCCCCAGGUACCCGUACCCCGCGCGAAGCCACGAGUCCACAUGCCUUCCCACGCACUUGUCCUCUAUGUACCCGAGUCCCGGCCACACAACCCGUUCCUCGCCCACGGGCUGGGCCUGGGUCACACUGCGCGUAAUCGAGAGGUUCAGAAAGAUGCGGUGGCCCAUUUUAAAACAAAGCCCAAUUAUUAGCGCUCGGUGGCUAUUUAUGCCCGGCCAGUGUCAGAUCCUCUGAGCGCUGCGGACAACCAGUACCCAAAGGAAGCGCACAGUCCCAACCAGAAGAAAGAAACCGGCUCUGGAGUCUUCUGACCCAUUUUGAACCCCCCCUCCCCCAACCCCGCGCUCGCCCACUCGUUCGCGUCCUGGCUGCGUUAGCUCCGGCAAAGCGCGGAGUCUCAGUCUCCUCUUCCAAGAAAUGGGGAGAACUGUGCGUGCUUGGUGAUUCUACUGCGAGGCGCGCAGCAGGUCGCAGGGACGUCGGUGCUGUAGUCACACACCUCCAAGACCCCACCUUCUCGCGGCCCCUGCCUCGGCCCCGCCCCGGGGGCUCCUGGGCUCAACCCGCGGCGCUGGCUCCGAAGUGCGUCACGGGCACCGGCCGCGCUCCUCCGGCAGCCAGGGCGAGGCUGGCACCUGGCCAGCGCGGGCCGGGCCAGGGGUGCCGGGCCGUCUCCGGGGCGGGGACCCAGGCGUGGAAGGCGCUCAAGUUGCGCGGCCCUCGGCGCGCUGUUGGGGGCGCCCUCCGCGGCGGGCAGCUCGCCAGGGACCGGCCUCCGCAGCCCGCCGGGCGCGCUAAGGCUGCACUUUCCCUUCGCCAACACCCCCCCACCCCCACCCACCCCCACCGGUUUCCUCCCGCGGGGCGGCAGCGGAGAUUUCCUCUCGGGGAAACUACGCGGAUCCUUCCCGGGGCUCCUCGCCCCGCCCCACUUCUCCGCCCCCUCCCCUUUGCUGGGGAGCCGGUACCGGCCUGCGCCGGGAAGAGGCUCUGGCAGCCUGAGCGGGAGGUGGCGGGGGGCCACGGAGCCGCUGGCCACUGACUCGCUUCGCCAUGUGACGCUGCCCUCCGCCCAGGGACCCCCAUCGAGCCCCCGGCCCGCGCCCGCGCUGGAUCGCGCCGGGCACCAUGCUUCUGCCGGGCCAUGCGCGCCCGCCGCCCGCGCCGCAGCCCGCGCAGCAUCCUGGACUCCGCAGGCAGGUAGAGCCUCCCGGGCAGCUCCUGCGCCUCUUCUACUGCACUGUCCUGGUCUGUUCCAAAGAGAUCUCAGCGCUCACGGACUUCUCUGAAAGCUGCGAGGAAUGGACGUUCCCUGACAGUAUCGGCCCUUCUGUGGGCUGUGGGGAGGAGUGGAUUUGCCGGGAUCACAGAAGUCUGCGAACCACCGGGGGAAGUGGUUACCUAACCAAACUCCUGCAGAACCACACCGCCUAUGCCUGCGAUGGGGACCAUUUGAAUCUACAGUGCCCUCGGCAUUCUACGAUAAGUGUCCAGUCGGCCUUCUAUGGGCAAGAUUACCAAAUGUGUAGCACCCAGCCGCCUGCCUCCCAGAGGGAAGACAGCUUAACCUGCGUGGCACCCACAACACUGCAGAAGGUGCUGGAUGAAUGCCAGAACCAGCGUGCCUGCCAUCUCCUGGUCAAUAGCCGUGUUUUUGGACCUGACCUUUGUCCAGGAAGCAGUAAAUACCUCCUGGUCUCCUUUAAAUGCCAGCCUAAUGAACUAAAAAACAAAACCGUGUGUGAAAACCAAGAGCUGAAGCUGCACUGUCACCCAUCGAAGUUUCUCAACAUCUACUCUGCGAGCUACGGCAGGAGGACCCAGGAGCCAGACAUCUGCUUCUCAGAAGCAGAGCGGCUCCCCCCUUUUGACUGUCUGUCUUACUCAGCUUUGCAAGUGUUAUCCAGGAGAUGCUACGGGAAGCAGAGAUGCAAAAUCAUCGCCAACAAUCACCAUUUCGGGAGCCCGUGUCUGCCAGGAGUGCAAAAAUACCUCUCCGUCACCUAUGCCUGUGGUAUAAACUUUGACCCAAGCGAAACGAGGGUUCUGAGGAAAGACGGAGUUAUCGUUAGCAACUCUCUGGCUGCCUUUGCCUACAUCAGAGCCCACCCAGAGAGAGCAGCCCUGCUGUUCGUGUCCAGUGUCUGCAUCGGUCUUGCACUCACAUUGUGCGCCCUGGUCAUCAGGGUGUCCUGCACCAAGGACUUCCGGGAGCUGCAGCUGGUGAAGGAGCACCUCGUGCCAGGAAGUGACAAGGCUGAGGAAGACAGUGAGGAUGAAGAGGGGGAGGAGGACUCUUCAGACUCUGAUUUCCCAGGGGAACUGUCUGGGUUUUGUAGGACUGCGUAUCCUGUCUACAGUUCCAUAGAAGCUGCAGAGCUGGCCGAAAGGAUUGAGCGCAGGGAGCAAAUCAUCCAGGAAAUAUGGAUGAACAGUGGUUUGGACACCUCACUCCCGAGAAAUAUGAGCCAGUUCUACUGAAAAAGAGACACGUCUUAUGCGAUCACACUUUCUGAAGAGGGAAGGAUCCAGAAUGCCCCUCCGGUUCUAUUUCACUCGUACCUUCCAUGAAGGAGUAUUUGUUAUGUCAUCCAAUACCGGUGAAGCCAGAAGCUGUUAAAGGGACCUUUCAAACUGUUUACAGCACAUUCAAAAUAAAUUAGGAGGGAAGUC